CCGUCAGUGGCCUGGAGCCUGGCUCAUUUGGAAAAGCACAUGGAAAGCAGCCUUUGGAACGGAGGCUCGCGAUUCCCUGUGGCUGGGCCCGGUCCUUGUCCUCGCCGUGGCCACAUGAGGGACCUCUGGGGGCAGCAGAGGGGUACCUGGGAAGGUUCGGGAAGGACUUCCUUCAGCAACAAUAGGUAUGCAGCACCCACUUUGUGCAGACCCUUUGGGGACACUUAGCAUAACUGAAUGAAGGAAGCAGACACAGUACUGGAACCCUGUCCCGGGCCGAGUAGGGUAGUCACUUCAGGCGUCAUCCGCAGGUCACAGCCAGGGAGCGACACGGACGAUGCCAUCGUGUCCUGCUUCCGUAAAUGGGGGUAUUUCUCCUGGACACAGGAUGCGCAAUCGUUCACUGGGUCCAGAGGGGAGCGCUGCCCGUCUCACAGAAUGGGGGAGGGGGAAGGAGGAGUUUGGGGCUUGGGGCAGGAGGAACCCAGCAGAGCCCAGCGGUCAUCCAUCUUCAGAUUCCCAUGGGCGGACUGAUGACUUGGGACUUCCUAUUCGGGAGGAUGGGAGAGGAUGGGGUCCCAGGACAGACACGCAGGGUCAGGCAGGGGGAGGGACAGGUGUCUGGACAGGCAGGGGAGUGCACAGCGGCCAGGCCCACACAAGGGUGGGCCGGGAGGGCAGUGCGGCUGGAAAGACCAGGCUUCUCACUCUGCCACCCCCAGGCCGUACUCCAGCCCCGUGGAAAUAAAGUUAAACCACUAUAUCGAGAAGCAAGGGAGGGAGGUCCACGUGAUCAAUGGCGGACGGCGUUCAUUCCCCGAGAAGGGCCAAGUCCUCCACCACUUGGUCCAGGAGGAGCACCUGGGGCCCACGGUGGCGGUGCUGGAAGACCCACGGCAGAGGCAGCUGGCUCCAGAGACACGGGGAGGGCCAGCUUCGUGGCUAGAGCCCAUCCAGGAGCUCCCUGAGACCCCUGUUCUGGAGAUACGGCCGGUGACACCUGCCUCAGCCCCUGCAGAGCUGGAGGAUGUCCCAGCAGUGGCCUCAGCCUCAGAGCCAGGCCCCGAGCUGGAGCCCUAUGAGCACACAGCAGAGCCCAACAGCCCCAAGAUGGGACAGGCUAGUCGCCUUCGUUUCUGGGAUUUAGAGGAGGUGCUCCGCUUCAUCUAUACCAGUGAGUGCAUACCCACCUGUGAGGGCCAAGUCCUCCACCGCUUGGUCCAGGAGGAGCACCUGGGGCCCACGGUGGCAGUGCUGGAAGACCCACGGCAGAUGCAGCUGGCUCCAGAGACACAGGGAGGGCCAGCUUCGUGGCUAGAGCCCGUCCAGGAGCUCCCUGAGACCCCUGUGCUGGAGCGACGGCCGGUGUCGCCUGCCUCAGCCCCUGCAGUGGCCUCAGCCCCGCUGGCAGGCCCUGAGCUGGAGCCCCAUGAGCCCACAGCAGAGCCCAGCAGGCCUUACCCCAGUCGCAGGAUGGGACGGGCUAGGCACGUUACCUGGCAGGACGAACAACUGGGGCCCACGGUUUCAGAGCUGGAAGACCCACGGCAGAGGCAGCUGGCCCCACAGAGACGGCGAAGGCCGACUCCGCGGAUAAAGCUCGUCCAGAGGCCCUAUGAGACCCGUGUGCCGAAGCUACGGCCGGUGUCACCUGAUUCAGCCCCUGCAGAGCUGGAGGAUGUCCAAGCAGUGACCUCAGACAUGGACCUUGUCCCGGAGCUGGAGCCCCAUGAGCCGUCGGGCUCGGGGCCCAUGGCAUCUGCAGGAAUGGCACCGGUCCUAGUAGAGCCAUACCCGGGCCCGGAGCCUGCCCACCCCUGUGCUGCGAGCACCUGGGAUGUGACAAGAAAGGAGGAGUGGACCAUCCUGGUGUUUCCCUCCCGCCUGGUGGCCGAGCAGCUGACCCUGGCCUUUGCGACGCUGUACAGCAGGAUAAACUAUUCUGAAUGCAAGGCCUACCUACAGAAGCAGUCACAGACGGGAGACAUUGAGCACCUGGCCCCCACCAUGCAUAGGGUCCUGAGGGAAUUUGACACCUUGGUUGAGUUGGUCACCACCACCUGCCUCAGGACGCCAAGCAUGACAGCCCAGGAUAGGGCCCGAGUGGUGGAAUUCUGGAUCCGGGUUGCCAAGGAGUGUCUGGCCCUCAGGAAUUUCGCGGCACUCCAUGCCAUUCUCUUGGCCCUGCAGAGUCGUGCCUUAGGUCGCCUGGAAAGGACCUGGGAACAUGUUUCCUGGAAGAGCACCAGGACGUAUAAAAACCUGACAAAGAAGGUCAAGUGGGUUACCAGGAAGCAUCUCCUCAAGGAGCUGGACUGUGUAUUGAGGGAAAGGCAGCGGGACCGCAUGGGACCCGAGGAGAGGAAGAGGAAGGGCAUGGUCCCCUACCUCGGACUGUUUCUUGCUGACCUGCCUAAAGAGAAACUCCUGGAGCAUAAUGAGGACGUGAGUGAGCCCAGAGGGGCACGGGGGGACAGGAUGGUGAGCUUUAGGGAGGAGAGAGCCCCCAGUGAGCCUGGACCUCAGCACCGGGCCACCCCUCCGUCCCCCACCUUUCCUGAGAGUGGGUUCCCGUGUGAGCAAAGAUCCAGCACCAUCCAGUGCCCCACUCCUCACCCCCGCUUGUCUGCAUCCUGUCCUUCCUCUGCCCCAGGUCGCUACCCUCCAGGACGAGAUCAUGGUGCACAAGCACAUGGCCGCGGUGUACGACCUGGAGAGGGACGAGCACUUCAUGUCCUUUGUCCAGGCUGUGGAGCCCCUGGACGAGGAGCAGAGCUACACGCUGUCCUGCCAGCUGGAGCCCCCAGGCCAGAGGGCCGGCAGAAAGGGACUGUUACAGUUCCUCAGGUCCCACGUUUAAACGUCCUGGGCCAGGGCCAGCUGCUGUCAUCGGGCCCGCGGCCCUGCUGGUGUCCUGGCUGCAUGUGGAGGAGAGCUGCUUCCCCUUCGGGCAGGCGGCGCUUGGCGCCCCAGGACCCCAGUCUGUUUGCUGCUCCUCCUCCUCCCGCUGCUCAUCCUGAGCCUCUGCUGGGGCAGCUGCUCUGGCACCUCCUCCGUCGGCCGACUUCGGCAUCUCCCCACGCUGCCGCUGCCUCCUCAAGGGCCUGUACGUAGCCACUGCCAACCUGGCCGCCUUCGUGCUGUGUCCUACCCUCUGCUCGUGGCCCGCUGGACAAAGGCGAGCCACCCCACCGUGUGGAGGGUUUUCCCCUUUGAGUAGGUGGCCUCCCACCGUGACGCCAACUGCUGCCUGGGUGCCAUCAGCCACAGAGUCAUGGCCACAACGGUCCAGGAAGAGCUGGGGCCCGUCCUCACCAUGGCCAGCCUUUCCCAGGAUGGACACAGAGACGGCGCAGUGCUGCAUGGGACCACCGCCCCCUGGGUGCCCAGCGGAGGCAUCCGAGGCUGCAGGGCCGGCCGGCCGACGCAGGGUCCCGGGACAUGCUCCCAGCGGAGCCCCUGUGCAACUCCCUCCCCUCAUCCCUGAGAAAUAGCCUCCCCAGGCACAGUGUGGUCUCGGUGUUGUGUCUGAGGUUAAUGGUUCCUGGGGGUUGGGGUCAUCCCUGUGCAGAAUGUAAUAAAUGAUGAACGGAUUGCCACCA